CUUCGCUAUUUAGGAAUGCCGUUUGAAAUAUUGUACUCCCUAUAGAACCUACUGUACCGCGAAAGAGGUAGUGCCUUUGGUAGCCUUUGUUUCUUUAACACCUCAGUAGAGAGAAACAAAAUUUAAACUUCCUUGUGGCUGCUUUUGUCCACAUGCCAGAUUCAUUAGAUAUACUUACCACAUGAACUAUAUAUGUGCGUUUCUGCUUUGGGGUCUGGGCCUGGUCAGGGAUCACAGCAAAAAUCACGUGACCAAACCCCAUACUCCGCCCGGGCGUUAUAUUUUUCCAGGGAUUUUUCCAGGACGUUUGGGGAUUCUGCUCCCGCUCGCAGUUCAUCUCGUAUAUUCCACUCGCUGUUAUAUGUUUUGUCGAUCAAACCUCGGCUGAUAGGAUGGUCAUCGCAGUCCUAAAGAGCUGUGUCGCUGGGGUUCUUGUAUUUUCUUUUUGCGCAGCAGGUAUCGUGAAGAUCACGAACAAAAUUGCUCCACAAGCUUACGAACAAAUGAAACGUGAUUUUGUUGAGCUAGCUCAAGUGCACCCAUUGAAGGUCUGGUUUGGUCGCAAUGUAAAUCCAGAUGUUUAUCGGAUCAUUAUUGGAUAUCUUGAAGUUGUCUGUGCUCUCCUGCUGUAUGCAGCACCAAUGAGGCCUUUGAAAUUCGCCAGCACAGCAAUUCUGCUGAUUAUUAUGGUUGUGAUUAUGCAGAGUCUCUAUUGGCUUGGAAAACCAGCCAUCCUGUUUGCACCGGCAACAGUGAGUUCAAUCCUCCUCGUGUUAAAUUCGGUAAUGCUGUUGGGAGAGACACCACCAAAGGAGAAGAAGAGAGCGUGAUAAAUGUUGUCGUUUGACAAAGGUUUCAUUAAGGGCCAAGCACUGGGUAAAUUGACUGGUUGUGAGGAUGAUUUUGCCCUCUUGGUUUGACCAUCUACAUGUAGAUGAAACUCUUCUUAUAAAGAAGUUCAGUUGCUGAAGACGUUAGUGUGACCCAUGCUUUGUGUAAAAUGUUCACUAUAAUUGCUAUCUAACGGCACUCCAUAAAUUCGGACAAUUGUUUCACAUCAUUCAAUGCAUUUUUUUCUUUCCUUUCAUUUUUCAUUGACCAAGAAUCCACUAUGUGACCUGCAAAGAAAUGCCUGCAAAUAAUGGUCUGCUUGUGCGUAGUACCAUCUAAAUUAGUUUCACUGCAAAUAAUAUCUUCAAGCAGGUAUAGACCGUGAACAGU